AAAUGAUAGCUCUGGACUUUUUCCUGUUAGCUGUAGUGACAGCAGCGUUUGGGGAGACACCCAGAGCAGGAGACGAUUGUCAAGUUACGCCAGUGAUUCAUGUACUACAGUAUCCUGGCUGCGUUCCCAAACCCAUCCCGUCAUUUGCGUGUAUUGGACGUUGCGCCAGCUAUCUUCAGGUAUCUGGUAGUAAAAUUUGGCAGAUGGAACGGUCAUGCAUGUGUUGCCAGGAGUCAGGGGAACGUGAAGCCGCCGUAUCCCUGUUCUGCCCAAAAGCAAAGCCUGGCGAACGCAAGUUCCGAAAGGUCUCUACGAAGGCACCUCUAGAAUGCAUGUGUCGCCCGUGCACUGGCGUCGAAGAGAGCUCAAUUGUGCCGCAAGAAAUUGCUGGAUAUACUGAUGAGGGUCCUCUGUCAGCCCACUUCCGUAAGUCUCAAUAGA